AUGAGGAAGGGGACGUCAUCAUUCGGGAAGUAUUGCAACAAGACGCACAUGCUGUGCCACCGCUGCGGCUCCAAGGCCUACCACCUGCAGAAGUCCACCUGCGGCAAGUGUGGUUACCCUGCCAAGCACAAGAGAAAGUAUAACUGGAGCGCCAAGGCCAAGAGGAAGAAUACCACCAAGACCGGUUGCAUGAGGCACCUGAAAAUUGUGUAUGGCAGAUUCAGACAUGGAUUCCGUGAGGAAAAAAUGCCUAAACCUAAGAGAGCAGCUGUUGCGGCAUCCAGUUCAUCUUAA